AUUUUUUUAUGAAUGCAUAAAAUCCGUAGUCUAGUUAUAAUGCAUCAUAUAUCGAAGCUAUAUGAAAUAACGAUGCUUAAUCGAUGAUAGAAAUUUCUGUCGACAUUCUUUUAAAUUAAUAUCAUAAAUUCAUAAUCGUGCGAACAUCUUGCAAGAUAUUCCGUGGAUUCGACAUUUACAAAUACAUGGGUUUCAAUAAAUCAAGGACCGCUUCUCUUGAAGAUGGCUUAUCGUUUUCGUAGGAACGCGAGGGAACCAGUUUGGAAGGCGUGAAUGAAAGACCUGGACCACGUAGUCCGGAUGAUGAGAUUAACUUCGCUGCAGAAAUGAAAACCAAAGUAGAAGCUGUAGAAGUGUUUAUAAAUCCUCUUAAACAGCAUCCUUAAUCUUGACUCUUAUUAUUAGAUAAAAAUCUUAAACACUAUGCAAGUAUCCUAGGAUCAGGGUUGCAGAUUAACAGUUAAAUCCUUUCUAAAUCUCAUUGUCAGUCUAUAAUCGGAAUAUUCUUCAAUUAAGAAUAAAAAUUCAAUCGUUAAUCCAAUUUUCUUCCAAUUAAGCUAAUUAAGUAAUUUUAAUUAGUUAAAUCCGAAUCACAUUUACCAAUUGGUGUUCAAUUCAAUUAAAUCAAUCAAUUUGAUUUAUCUGCAGUCCUGCCUAGAACAAAUAAAGGACCGAAGAUUAGGACGAAAAGUUGUCGUUUGACACUGCAGUUUUAUACAUCCUAGACAAAAAGGCUGGAAGUAUCCUAGAAGUAAUAAAAACCCAUGGGACAGGUAGGAAAAGGUCUCGGUUAGAAAGAGACGAUGAUCCUGAAGUAGUGAUGGAGACUCUAGUCUCACACGCUUGGGCACACGUAUAAUGCUCCGUUAGGCGCAUGCGCGGUCCCGCGAUGCGGUUCCCAUCUCCAGCGAGCGCCGCUAAAGCGACCAAAUAAUCUGGAUGGGCCAUACGAGGUGCGUGACGUGUGGAGAUGGGGGAAGGAGGGCCUUGCGAGGGUGGGAGUGCGACCGAGGUAUCUGGUGGGGGUAAGGCUCGGGGCCCGGCCUCGCCUCGCGGACGGGCAACGGAGUCUCUCAGUCGUUCAACAGAGGUCGAUUGUUCAUGUGCGUUCGCUCAAUCCGCGGCCUCUGUCCAGGAUAACUGUAAAUCCGUGACAAAGAGAGAUAAUCGAGAAGAAGCAAGAUACAGGCGUUGGACUGACCGGGGCAAAGAGGCUCUGAUCUAUCGUGGUUCGUUGACAGUGAUCGUUCCAACAGUGAAAAGGAAACUCGAUUUGUUUACCUUUCUUGUGGAUCAUCUCGCGGACACUCGGUUUCGUUCGAGAGUGAUAUUGUCCCUGGAACUGGAUACCAUUUUGGCGGGCAGAGACACGAUCUUACCUGUGAUUAUUAUUCGAUCGGUGCGGUUGAUGGUUCGGAGGAACGCAACCGGCGGUGGGAAUGGUGGCGUGAAACUAUAGGGGUGAAGUGUGUCAGACGUUAACGCACGUCCCUCAAGAUGCCGAAGAUCUUUCUGAUCAAGAACCGGCUGCACCAGCAGCAACUCAGGCUGCUGGAGGCCCAGCAUCUCGGGAAGAGCCCGCCGUCACCCUGUACCGGCAGCAACAGUCCUCUUGGUAGCUCCGAACCCCUCAGUCUCAUUGUCAAUAAACAUCAAUAUCGGGACAAACCAGAUGACGAUCGAGCAACAACGCCGGAAUCCGUCCGCAGCACUAGUCCAGCGCCUUCGCCACCCCCGCAGUGGCAAUCGGCGAACAUACCUAGUGGCUCGCUACCACGACGGUUCAUCUCGAGCAUCCUCGGCGGCGACGUUCCAUACGGAAGUAGAGGGCAUGUCCUGACCAGGGCAGAACGCAAGGAGUAUAGUAAUCCGCCGAUCGCGCCUUCCUCAAACGACGCUCAGUUCCUUACGAAAACAGAGAAGCUGGUGCUACCGAGACCCAGUACACCUCCAAAAACGCCGCGGGCCGAACCACCGACCAGGGUUUCGGUUAUCCAAAGGGUUCCCAGCCAAUCGUCCUCCAGGAGGGAGGAUAAGAUCGAGGUGCCACAGACUCAGGAACCGGAACAGGAACAACCGAUCGAUUACGCGGUGCCGAAGAGAAAGGAAGAGGACGAGGAGCGAGGCCGCGAAGGCGCGAAAGUAUCGCGAGCAAUCGGAAACUCGAUCGCCAGGCCUCUGUUGGCCAUGAGACUGUCCGGUCCGCAAGUGGUCCACGCGGCCGCCGGACACGGGAGAUCCUCCAGUUCCGGAAACAACGGCGGCUCGGGCUCUGGUUCUAGCGGCGGGUCCAGCGGCUCGGCAGGCUCCUCGUCGUCGGGCUCCGGCGGAAGCGGCAGCUACUGCGGAGGCGGUCCGGUCACGGGAGGAAGCGGCGGCGGCGGUGCUGUGGGCGGAGGUGCCGGAGGUGGCAUGAAUCCUGGAGGAAACGGAGGCCGUGGAAACUAUGGCCCGAGCUCGCCGCCCACCGGCUCCCUACCGCCCUUCUACGAGUCGCUCAAGGGCGGGAACAACCUAGCCAACUUUGCCAAUCAGUACAACAGCACUCAAGGAAACGGGUACCUGGCACCGUCGCCGACGGUUGGAAUGGAGUGCGACACUGGCCAGCAGGAUGUAAAUUCACAGCAUUCCCAGUACAACGCCCAAGAGGGCAAGCAGUAUUCUCUACUGCAAAACGUUUGCGCGUCCUACGGUUUAAAUCUGAAAGAGGAGGAAGAUCUAACACAGUACAAGAUCCAGGCGAACGACCUGCUGUCCGGGCAGUACGGCGCAUACGACAUGACGGACACAGGGAUGAUGGUGGACAUGGUGACGGGCGCCGUAGUGGAUCCCCUUCAGUUCACCGCCACGCUGACUUUCAGCUCGCCUUCGGAUCACAAUGCUCUGCUGGAGAGCUUAAGCGACGCCGCGGAUCUGUUCUUGCCGAGGCUACCAGCGGAAGACGGCGGUAACGAUCUCCUGGAGGAAUCGUUGCACUCGCCAGCUUCGGCUGGGAGUGGUAUCGGGCAGGACGGCGGCCAAAUGACUACUCCCGUCGAACCGAGCGUUGAUCCCUUUCCCGAGCACAGCAUGGCCUUGACCAGAGGAUUCGAUACGUCGAGGCACUACACGGCAGCUCCUCAACAUUUCAGCACCUCGAAACUAGGACUGAAUUAUGCCACCGGCGAGACGACCUAUCAGUCGGUCUCCAAGGAGCGCCAGGAUAUGGCACUCCAUAUUAACCAGAACCACCAACACCAGUCUGAGCCGCAGCUGCAGCAGUUGCAGAUACAGGUGCAAAUGCAGCAGCAGCAGCAGCAGCAGCAACAGCAACAGAAUACGGCCACUUCGCCACACCAGCAGCAUCAAGGACUCCUCAGUCCCGGAUUAAGUUUCACCGGUAGUGGUUUGGAACUAGAUUCAGGUAGCAGCGUGGGCGGAAGUCUGCCAAGCCCGGGUGCAGCGAGCUGCUCGUUGGACGCGGCGUCGACCAGCACGUCACCGUCCUGUGCCCUAAUGGAACACGCGCCCAGUCCUGCUGCCACGGUCACCUCGGGUUCGGUGAACGGUGUCCAGCCGACAGGUCCGGUCGGUGAACCUCCGCUGACGCAACGGGUCGGUGUACUUCAGCAAAGGUUGGGAUUACCCGGUGACUGCCAACUAGAAUUUGUGAACGGCGGUCACGGAAUUAAAAAUCCCUUGGCGAUCGAGGGUCAGAGACAGGCAGCGGCCAAUAGGGAGGAAGAGAGGGCUGCCCGACCUCCACCCGGCAAGGACGAUGAUCCGAACCGUUUCACUUGCCGCGUGUGCAGUAAGAACUUCAGCCUGCAGCGGUUGUUGAACCGUCACAUGAAAUGUCACAGCGACGUGAAACGUUAUCUCUGCACGUUCUGCGGCAAGGGUUUCAACGACACGUUUGACCUGAAGAGGCACACCAGGACGCACACAGGCGUCCGGCCAUACAAAUGUAAUCUGUGUGAGAAGAGUUUCACGCAGAGGUGCUCGUUGGAAAGUCACUGCCUCAAGGUGCACGGUGUUCAGCACCAAUACGCGUACAAGGAGCGGCGCACAAAGGUAUACGUAUGCGAAGAAUGUGGUCACACGACGCAGGAGCCGGAAGUUCAUUACCUUCAUCUGAAAGACAAGCAUCCGUACAGCCCGGCCUUGUUAAAGUUCUACGAUAAGCGACACUUCAAGUUCACCAACAGCAAUUUCGCCAACAUGUUGCUCCAGGGUGGCCUGUUGCAACGGGACUCGCGGAAUACGGACAGCUGCGUAAAGACGGCCUCGAAGUGCCUUGAAGCGCCUCUCCAACGCGCCACGACAUUGUUGCAUCUGGGUCGGGCUUCCAGCUUUUGACGGUGAACACGGGAAAAGGAGACCGACGGGAACGGGGGCGAAGGCAGAAUAACGGACGCUCCGAUUUGUUAGCCACUCGACAACGGAGCAGCGAACGGAUCCCGGAAGUAAACGUCGCGCGAAAAGUACCUGCAGGUGGCUCCUAUUUUUUGUUUUUAGCGGUGGCACACGACAACGGCGUUGAGGGCCGAUGACGAUCGGGGAACUAAUGAUCCUGCGAAUUCCUGCGAUAUCCCAGAGAAGGCUGUUACUAAAAAUGUGGAACGCGGGAGGGUACCACGUUUUUAAUAACACCCUACGUGCUCGUAUACACAGUAUUCGUCUCAUGUUUGGGCACGCGAUCUUUUACGCGUUUCUUCUCUUUUUGUAUACGUACUUAUAUAAUAUCAUGUAUAUUUGUAGAAUAUUGCUAUGUAUAGAUUAUGUAUGAGAAUCAGGAGUGCGUUUUACACCCGAAAACUCGGAUCGAACGUUUCAGGUAUGACCACCACUUCUCGUCGACAGGAGUCACUGACGCGAGAUGGGACAGUGCGGUUUUUAUAUUUCGAACGAGCUCUUUUAUUCAUGCGAUGCACGGCUAGUUACGUUGCUUUCCGACUUAGAGGGUGAGAAAUUUCGUAGAAAUAUCUGACGCACACGCAUCGUGUUUCAGAUAAUUCACGGAAUUUCGCUACGAGACAACGAUAGGUCCAGCGGUAUAGACGUUAUCGUGUCUCGAAGUAUAGUAAUCGUUCUUAUUUCCGAUCGUUGCGUUCCUCGUUUUGACUGACGCGUUCGAGGACAAACGCUGCGAGAUAAUCUUCUUUUACUUUUUAUUAAUAGAUGCAAUAUCGAGCGGUACGCACCUUGGGAAAUCUGUGAUAUAAUAAGACACGAUUCUAUGUACUUACUCACUCCUCCACGCACACGAUUUCGCUUCUUGCACCUUGGUUCUUUCGCGGGGUAUGCACAAACCGACGGAGUGAGAUUACACGACAUACACAUUCACACAUACCCUUCCACACGGCGUAUCAGGCUUCAAAUUUGAUUCUUCUAUCAGGGGUAAAGAAACUAGAGCCGUGCGUUCACACUCAAACACAAUGGGGUUUCGUGCAAUUCUACGGUGGUAGGACAAUACGUUAAUUCGGGACGGUGCACGCGACUACACGUAACAGAUCGCGUGCGAAUCAAUUUUCAGUGAUGACUCCAACGUAGUCGGAGUCGACGAUUUCGCGAGCAUGCUGAAUCCCCGUUUAAUGCAACGUCUCGGAAUGUACAUUUAGGUGCACGUUAUUUUAAACGAUUAAGCCUCUGAUGAAAUCGCGAACAGUGUAAAUAGUAUUCUUCUAGACACUUUGAUAGAGAUUUCUGUACGACCUUCUAGUAUAUAGCAAUAUGAAUGUUUGGUAAAUUUUGUACAUAGUAAACGUUAGUCGGGUUGCACGAGACGACACAGAGUCUUAAUACUAGAUUAUAUU